AAUUGCAUUCAUUACCUGCUCAAAUCCGGCAUCAUGAAGUUUACGGAUCUUCCGCCAGAGAUCAUAUGUGAGGUGGUUCUACACCUUCCCACUGCAAAUGCAAUUGCUCGGCUGUCACAGACAUGCCGCCAGAUAUAUAAGGUCCUCAAAGCGGAAGAAACCCGGCUCUUUCGGGUAUUUGUGCAAAAUAAGUUCCCAUCAAUUCAGACCCCUCCGUUCUGGAAAGAUGCAGCAUGCGCCCUCACCUCCCGCUCACGCGCUCUGGAUCGACUAGGAGUCAUUGGGCGGUUCAUGAUUGUACCAGAGACGAUCACCCGUAUUGGACUCCAGGGGGAGACCCGGCAGGAUAAUCCUACACUGGGAUACAGACCCCCCAUCGACUCGUACGAGUUCUGGAAUGGCGAAUCCUGGGCAGCAAGAAAGGAAGUUCUGGCAUGGGGUGCCGGCGAAAAACUUCUGAUGCGAACCAGGCGAAGAGGAAAGCAGUGUUCAGACGAAUGGGUCUUGUUCAACGACGUUGACCAGCCGAGCAGUCACGAUGAUAUAUUGGGCCUGCACUUGUUGGACGCCGAGCAUGACAAGGGGAAAGAGACCGAAAACAUGAUCUUUGGACGAAGACGAGGGGAUCUUCGGCAUGUCGCACUCUCCUCACAUGGCACCUCCUAUGAAUACAAGAAGACCUUCCAUACUGAAGGAUUGGAGCUCAGCGAGACGGAUUUGUUCCGAGGAGCUGAUGGGCCUAUUCUUUGCGCUCAAUUUCUUCAAGGCACAACGGCAUUAUACCACGUGGAAAUACAGGAUGAGAUUGUCCAACCAUUUGCUUGGAUUCAACCAGAGCGUUCCUCUCGAGGCCGAAGUUCAAAACUUCUCUCCUCAACUCGGAUCGCCGUGGCUACCAUGGACGAAACGGACUCGCUGGUCAUAUCGAGAAUAAGGCCGGAUGGGGUAUCCACGGAAGAAACGAUCGGUUCCGGCAUCUUGGCUAUGGAUGGUCAUGUCCGGAAUCAUUACGCUCGCCACGCAAUCAGCGCCAUUGAGCCUCUCAAUAAUCAUCCCUUGGGGGGUCACUCAGGCAGUGUAUUCCUGGCAGCGUGGGGUGACAGAAUUGUUCGUCUCCAUGACCUCAGGUCGCCACGGCAAUAUGAGAUAGCGUACGAGGACCCAACCGACGACAACUCCGUGUACAGCCUCAAAGCCUUUGGUCACGAUCGAUUCAUAGUCGGCUCAGGCGGCAAUGCCCUGAUCAAACUAUUCGAUCUACGGUGUACGAAUUACAGCUAUCUGCAUGCUCAAGGCUCUCGCCCAAAGGCCCCUUCAAAUGCACCAAUCGCCCAUAACGAAGGGCAGUACCCAAGCAAAAAUUUCAACAUCUUCCUCUCCGCACCAUUACCGGCCAGCUUCUUCACCUCGCCGACGGCUCAGUCCCGUCGCCGCACCCAAGUUCGUCCGUACAGAGGCCCAAUAUACAGCCUGUCUACACCAUCGCCUUCUUCACCAACUGUUUACACGGGAGUGGCGGGGGGCCUGAUCCGGUUGGAUUUUGCAUCAACAGACGAUCUGACCGGACCGGCAAAGCAAUGGUACGAUCGGAAUCUCGAUCUCGGCCUCGACGAGGAUAUGACCCCAGGAAGUGGGACGGGAUUUUUCACUGUGGCUGGGUACGAACGACCCAGUCCAGAUGAUUUAACUACUACCUCGAAGCUGAGAAAGCAGCAAGAGACUUGGCAAGCACAAUAUGAUGAUGCCCACAAGGAUGUCAUGUCUGGUUGGGAUCGGCGAUGGGAGGCAUUGGAAAGACCUGGAGUUUGGCGGCGACAAGAUGGAUAG